AUGCAAGUGUCGAAAUCUAACGAUGUUAAAAUAUAUAAUCUUAGUGCUGGAAAGUCGCUUCCUCAAGUAAGUAUUUAUUGUUUCUUUCUUCUAUAUGUUUAGUGGAUAUCAGAGAGAAAAAGAAGAAAUCUCGAGAAGAAGGAUGUUGAUAUUAGGAGAAGAAUUCAAUUGAUACAAGACUUCGAAAUGCCUUGCGUUUCAAACUCAAUUGCGAUAACCGGGGAUGGGCAAUACAUUUAUGCAGCUGGAACAUACAAACCAACUCUAAAAUGUUAUGACGUCAACGACCUAUCGUUGAAAUUCGAAAGAGGGCUCGAUGCUGAAGUUGUGAAACUACUUCCCUUGAGUGAGGAUUACUCCAAGGUCGCUCUUUUGCAAACCGAGCGAUGGCUCGAAUUCCAUGCCCGGUUUGGGAGGUAUUUUAGAUUAAGGAUACCUAAGGUUGGCAGAGAUCUUGCUUUUUGCAACGAGGCGAGUGAUCUCUACAUGGUCGGAGCCGGGUGAGUUUUUUUUUCAUGGAAGACGUUAUUGUUACAGACAUGAGAUAUUUCGAUUGAAUCUUGAGCAAGGCUGUUUUUUGAGCCCAUUGGAAACGGAAUCCGAGACUUUGAAUUGCUGUGAAUUUAGCAAACAUCAUCAACUCUUUGUGACUGGGGGUUCUAAUGCCACAGUAGAAGCUUGGGAUCACAGGGACAAGAAUCGAGCUGGAAUUUUGAACUGUGCUUUACAGCAAUUACAAGAAGAGGCUCUUCUACCUGACGCGUAAGUCACUGUUCUUUCUUUUUGCAUGUUUUUUAGUAUUCCCGAAGUAACUUCAGUAAAGUUUAAAGAUCCAUUAACUUUAGCUGUUGGAAUGAGUACUGGACAUGUAAGUAAUUUAAAACGCGUUUUGCCACACUUUGGAGCUUAGCCUAACAGAGGGCGGACAUUGUUAAAAUCGGCAUCUCAGAAUUGAACGAAAAUUGGUCAACCUAAUCACUGAUAGGCACAAAACAUUCGCUUUCUUUGUUUUUGCCCAAAAUUACCGUAUGACGGCAUACUGUAACAUCAUUUUUUAAAAAAGAUAUGCCCUAAUCGAGAAAACGAAGCGCUAUUUCAGCGCAAAUUGAGUUCGGGUAUAUGUUUUCGAUCAUGUAGAACAUUUUUGUAAUUGUCACCGAAAACUAAAAAUUACAUCUAAGCUAUGUUACACUUGAGACAACAUACCAUUUCGGGUAUAAAAAAUGCAGUUCGGACGAGGCGCAGAUUUUGAAACCGGAAUACUAAACCUCAAGCCUCGUCUAACAAACCAUUAAAAUUUCAGAAAGAUCAAAUAUAUAGUUUUUGAGAUAUCGGACAUUCAAUGUCUCAUGUGCAAGAUCACCUUGACCCCGAAAAAAUCUGGCAUUCUUAGGUUUUUGGCUAGGCGCAGAUUUUGAAAGUUUCCAAUACAUUUUUAUGACAUUUUAGGAGGAUAUAGAAAGUUUCAGAGGAAAAAAAUGAAUAGUUUUUGAGAAAUCGGCCAAAAUACCUUGUUUUAGGUCAUCAGAUGCCCGAAAAAAUCUGGCAUUCUUAGGUUUUUGGCUAGGCGCAGAUUCUGAAAGUUUCCAAUACAUUUUUAUGACAUUUUAGGAUGAUACAGGAAGUUUCAUAGGAAAAGAAUGAAUAGUUUUUGAGAAAUCGACCAAAAUACCUUGUUUUAGGUCAUCAGAUGCCCGAAAAAAUCUGGCAUUCUUAGGUUUUUGGCUAGGCGCAGAUUUUGAAAGUUUCCAAUACAUUUUUAUGACAUUUUAGGAGGAUAUAGAAAGUUUCAGAGGAAAAAAAUGAAUAGUUUUUGAGAAAUCGGCCCAAAUAUCUUGUUUUAGGUCAUCAGAACACAGAAUCGUACCCUUCGGCGUACAUUUGACAAAAGUUUUGCAGAGAGCUCGAAUUUAUUUGUGACAAUUUGGAGAAAAAAACAGUAACACACAUAUAUCUCGGAAAAAAGAGAUGCCAAAGAAAAUUGGUCGAAUUUUCCAGCAACUUGACCUAUAACAGGUUCACCAUGGUCGAUAUCUCAAAAACUAUUUACUGUUUUCCUCUGAAACUUUCUAUAUCCUCCUGAAAUGUCAUAAAAAUGUAUCGGAAACUUUCAAAAUCUGCGCCUAGCCAAAAACCUAAGAAUGUCAGAUUUUUUCGGGCAUCUGAUGACCUAAAACAAGGUAUUUUGGUCGAUUUCUCAAAAACUAUUCAUUUUUUUCCUCUGAAACUUUCUAUAUCCCCCUAAAAUGUCAUAAAAAUGUAUUGGAAACUUUCAAAAUCUGCGCCUAGCCAAAAACCUAAGAAUGUCAGAUUUUUUCGGGCAUCUGAUGACCUAAAACAAGGUAUUUUGGUCGAUUUCUCAAAAACUAUUCAUUUUUUUCCUAUGAAACUUCCUGUAUCAUCCUAAAAUGUCAUAAAAAUGUAUUGGAAACUUUCAGAAUCUGCGCCUAGCCAAAAACCUAAGAAUGCCAGAUUUUUUCGGGCAUCUGAUGACCUAAAACAAUGUAUUUUGGUCGAUUUCUCAAAAACUAUUCAUUUUUUUCCUCUGAAACUUUCUAUAUCCCCCUAAAAUGUCAUAAAAAUGUAUUGGAAACUUUCAAAAUCUGCGCCUAGCCAAAAACCUAAGAAUGUCAGAUUUUUUCGGGCAUCUGAUGACCUAAAACAAGGUAUUUUGGUCGAUUUCUCAAAAACUAUUCAUUUUUUUCCUAUGAAACUUCCUGUAUCAUCCUAAAAUGUCAUAAAAAUGUAUUGGAAACUUUCAGAAUCUGCGCCUAGCCAAAAACCUAAGAAUGCCAGAUUUUUUCGGGCAUCUGAUGACCUAAAACAAUGUAUUUUGGUCGAUUUCUCAAAAACUAUUCAUUUUUUUCCUCUGAAACUUUCUAUAUCCCCCUAAAAUGUCAUAAAAAUGUAUUGGAAACUUUCAAAAUCUGCGCCUAGCCAAAAACCUAAGAAUGUCAGAUUUUUUCGGGCAUCUGAUGACCUAAAACAAGGUAUGUUGGUCGAUUUCUCAAAAACUAUUCAUUUUUUUCUAUGAAACUUCCUGUAUCAUCCUAAAAUGUCAUAAAAAUGUAUUGGAAACUUUCAGAAUCUGCGCCUAGCCAAAAACCUAAGAAUGCCAGAUUUUUUCGGGCAUCUGAUGACCUAAAACAAGGUAUUUUGGUCGAUUUCUCAAAAACUAUUCAUUUUUUUCCUCUGAAACUUUCUAUAUCCCCUUAAAAUCUCAUAAAAAAGUAUUGGAAACUUUCAAAAUCUGCGCCUAGCCAAAACCCUAUGAAUGCCAGUUUUUUUCGGGCAUCUGAUGACCUAAAACAAGGUAUUUUGGUCGAUUUCUCAAAAACUAUUCAUUUUUUUCCUCUGAAACCUUCUAUAUCAUCCUAAACUCUCAUAAAAAUGUAUUGGAAACUUUCAAGAUUUGUGCCUAGCCAAAAACCUAAGAAUGCCAGAUUUUUUCGGGGUCAAGGUGAUCUUGCACAUGAGACAUUGAAUGUCCGAUAUCUCAAAAACUAUAUAUUUGAUCUUUCUGAAAUUUUAAUGGUUUGUUAGACGAGGCUUGAGGUUUAGUAUUCCGGUUUCAAAAUCUGCGCCUCGUCCGAACUGCAUUUUUUAUACCCGAAAUGGUAUGUUGUCUCAAGUGUAACAUAGCUUAGAUGUAAUUUUUAGUUUUCGGUGACAAUUACAAAAAUGUUCUACAUGAUCGAAAACACAUACCUGAACUCAAUUUGCGCUGAAAUAGCGCUUCGUUUUCUCGAUUAGGGCAUAUCUUUUUUUAAAAAUGAUGUUACAGUAUGCCGUCAUACGGUAAUUUUGGGCAAAAACAAAGAAAGCGAAUGUUUUGUGCCUAUCAGUGAUUAAGUUGACCAAUUUUCGUUCAAUUCUGAGACACUGAUUUUAACAAUGUCCGGGCCAAACUACGAUUUGUAAUAAAACGCGUUUUAAGUUAUUAGGAGAGAAUAAUUAAAAAUUUAGGUUUUGAUUUAUGAUAUUCGGGCUAAACAACCAAGACUUGUCAAAAAUCACAAUUUUGGUCUUGCUAUUACUUCCCUCGACUUUGACAAUGAUAAGGACCUAGUCUUAAGUAUGGACAGCAGGGCCCUGAAGGUGUGGAAUAUCAAGACCGGAAAGCCUUACGCCGCAAUCGAGCCAAACACUCAUCUCACUCAAUUUGUUAGGUAUCCCGAUUCCGGACUGUUAUUCUUUGCCAACGAUGCCCCCAAAAUGUUGCAAUACUUUGUUCCUUCGCUUGGCCUCGCCCCCAAAUGGUGUCGAUAUUUGGAUAACAUUACUGAAGAACUAGAGGAAACAGAAGCUCCAGUUGUUUAUGAUGACUACAAAUUUGUUACCAAAGAACAGCUGGAAGAAGUCGGCCUCAGCAAUUUGAUCGGCUCAAAUCUCCUAAGGGCUUAUAUGCAUGGAUACUUCAUUGAUGUCAGAUUGUAUAACAAGGCCAAAACGCUUACCCAACCGUUUGCUUUUGAGAGUUACAGAAACAGAAAGGUGACUUUUUUGACUGUUGUACUACUUUAUUAUUUAGAUACAAGAGAAAUUGGACGAGGAAAGAGAAUUGCAUGUUUUGUCAAAGAGGUCCAAACUACCCAAGGUCAAUAAAGAACUGGCUACCAAACUUCAAAUGGAAUUGGAUAUUGGAACUGGAAAGAAGAAAAAGGUACGCAAUUUAUUAAACUUUAAAAGCGGAAUCUAUUUUUAGGCAAAAAUGGCCAAAGAAUUGUUGCAAGAUGACCGAUUUAAGAAUCUGUUUUCUAAUCCUGACUUUGAAGUGGAUAAAGAGAGUGAACAAUAUCAACAUAUUGUGGAUAAAUUGAACAAACAAAAAGAAAAGAAUGUGGGUAGGACGGCGGAAUCAGAUGAAGAAGACGAAGGUGGAGAUCAACUGGCGGAACUUGGAUAUGAUGAUGUAAGAUUAUGAAAUUUGAACAUAAAAUUUUUUUGGUUAUAGGAUGAAGACAGUAAAAAAAGUGGCGUUAAAGAUGUAGUUGAUGAUAUGGAAUCAUCUGAAGAUUGGAGUGACGAUGAAGAUGGAGAAGAAGACUAUCAUGAUGAGGAAAGUGAGGAGGAAUAUAACGAAGAGAGCAGUAGAGGAGACAGGGAAGAGCAGGAAAAACUGGAGGAAAAGUUUAAGGAAGCCAGGAAACCCAAGAACUUUAAGUUUGUUGGUCUCGAUUCAAGUCGAGACUUCAAAUCUUUUGUUUCUAACGACGACGACGAGAUCACCGUUAGGGUAAGAAUGUCAUUAGUCGGUUUAAUUCGAGUGUUUUAGACUUCCGGCACAAUGAAAGAUCGAAGAAAGCAGUUGGGAGAAAUCAAAAACGAUGAUGGAAUUACGUCCACUCCGUUUGGUGGAAAGUCGAUGACAUUUACAUUAGAAGGUAAAGUGAACUUAUAUUAUACUUUUUGGCAAAAUUUUUUCUUUUCAAUUGGAUCUCGGGAAUCGGCAGACGAGUUGACAAAAUUCUCUUUCCACUUCGAAAGAACGUUUGUUACUCGUGAGGGCCGUAAGACAUGAUUGUGGUACCGUUUCGAAAAUUCUCAAUUGUCGAUUGGUAGCGCACAUUUACAGGGUUCUAAUUUCUUUGCCCGCCGGCAUCGUCGCAGUGUGUAUUUUCAGUCAAAUUGUGUUUAGCGGCCAAGCCGAUGAACAAAGUUGUGCCAUGAAUAGCGGAUUUUUUAAGAGCCGUUCCAGUUCCUUGAGCCUCGUACCAGCUUUGCUAGCCACGAAUUUGACUGAGAAAUAGACAAGGCGAUGAUUUAUAGCCGCCGGAGGGCGAAGAAAUGCGAACCAUGGAAACUUGUGAUACCAAUCGACAGGAGGGGAUCUUCACAAUGACAUGGAUAUCACAAUCAUGUCGCGGACUUCUGGCUCAUAAGUGACAAACGUUUUUUCAAAGUGGUACGAAAAUCUUUGUCGACCCGUUUUUGGCCUUUUGAAAAAAGCGAAUUAAACGGGAUGACUUUUUUGCAUAAGAUGUUAGUGUCUCGGAAAGUUUUUGGGGUCGAAAGGGAUGUUGUCGAGCAGUGUACCUUAUAAUAUUUUAGCGGAUGGAAAAUCGGCUGAGAGCAAAAAACGAGAAUCCAGAAUGCAGACACAUAUUGAAGAAAGAAAAGCCGUCAGGAGAACUGUCGGCCCCAUCAUGCGACAUCUGAAGCCUUUGCCUUCAGAGAUCCAGAAGAAGAAGAUGCAGAGAUUGAAGGGAAGGAAAUAA